AUGUUCAACCCCACCUUGAUCGCCACCCUGGUCGCUCUGCCUGCUAUCUUCGCACAGAGCACCAACACCACCGCUGCCACCGGAACCAACAGCACUGCCGCGUCCUCUACCAACACUAAUGCCCAGCCCAGCGACUCCACCGCGGCCUCCAGCUCAACUUUCACCCCCACCAACUUUACCCCGGCUACUGUUAGCGGAACCACUUGUGGCUCGGCCCAGCAGAACCUCAACCAGUGCAUUACUAAAGUCGGCAAAGAUAUUUCCAGCUGUACCGACAACACGUGCUUGUGCCAGACCUACGCAAACAUCGCCGCUUGCUACAAUGGCUGCGCCGAGCUUGUUGACCAGGGUAAACAAUACCAGGCCCAAUCGACCCAAUACUGCACGGUAGCUGGCGUCAAGCCCAACACGACUGCCACUGCUACUACACCCACCACCCCAACUCCCAACACUUCCACCACUACGACCACCCCCAACACCACCCCUGUUCGCACUAACACGACUGCCAACCCUUCGUCGAACAACGCUGGCACAUUUUCGGCGGCCAAGCCGGGAGCAGCUGCGCCUGGCGCCAAGGUCUCCACCGUUGGUCUCUUCGGCGUUUUGGCCUCCGGUAUCAUGGCCAUGUGCCUCUAG